AUGAAGACCUUCUCCAUGGUUGAACUGCAGGUGUACUUCAGGCUGGAUCCUUCGGAGGAGCACCAGGUGGCCCCAGGCAUAACCGUCAGUCGCUGUGGGGGGCCCCUGCUGCCGUUCUGCCAGCUCAUCAUAAAUGCCAUGAACGAGACCGGGAGGAUCUUGGAGGAGAGGCACCACAGAACCUUAGGGGACUACAUUGUGUCCACGGUGGCCAGCCUGAGAUCAUCAGGCAAACCGGGCGUGGCCUCCGGGCUUGUCGCAGACUUGGCAUCCACCCUUCCAACUUUCAGCGACCAGGCAAUGUACGAGCAAAGCCAUGAGGUGUCCUUUGCAAGGAAGGCCCAGAGGUUGGUGAGCGACCUCCACGAGACCCUCCAAGAACAAGACGAGCGCUUCCAGUUCGAGGAUGUGGACCAAAUAUCACUGGACUCGGGGAACGCGGCAACUGCUGCUCUGUGCCGCAGCGGAGUCAUCCAGCUUCCAGACGACUUGUCGUCUGUCGUUGGGUCUCUACAGGAUGGAGAGCCAGGCGACGGGGAGCUGGCGCUGAGGGCCGCGGUCGUCACCGCCGGCCACGACGCCGCCCGGGCGUCCGGAGGCGCCUUCUCUGCUCGCGAGCUCGGCUACUACCUCCUCUCCAAGGCCGGCGACGGCGACGGGCCCGAGGGCCCCCAGGCGUACCUGACCCACGGCAGCGCCGCGUACUGA